UGAGAAUGCUUGUAGCUUUGGCACUGUUCUUUGCCUCUCUGUGUGGUGUCUCCACUGCUGUUUUGAUUCGGUUGGGAGAUUACCAGUUCCAACUGAGCGAUGUUACUCAACUGAAAGGGCUGAUGGACGAUGACAUGUAUAAAAACUCUCGCUUCUCCUUCUCCGCCAUCACUGAUUUGUGCAACAAUCCAUCCCUCCUCGACUCCUUCAGAUCCAUUUGUUCCAAGACCGAUGCUCCUUAUGUCUUUCUCUUGCUGAAACAGAUUGCUGCGAACCCAUACUCUUGUGAAAUCUGCGCAUUUUCUUCCUGCGUCGGCUGCACUGCUCCGGGCCCGAAGGUGUAAUGCAGCUUCAAUAUCUGCACGUAACCAACAGGACAUUAACCGGAAAAGCAUCUUGUCUUAAAUUCUUUAAUGAGCCAGUUUUGUCACUAGAUGUACCUAGAGCUGUGAAUUGUCAUCAGCAGUGUGUGAAUGAUACCAGGUCCACAUUGACUAAGACCAGAUCGACAUUGCACAAGCAAAAGCAUCCCUUUAAGGAUCCAGUAACAAUAGAGCACCAUUCUAUGUUUAACCUCCACGAACUUAUGGAAGUUAUUGCUGGAGGAAUAUAAUCUUGUCCCUGUAUAUUUUCAAAAAUGUAAUGGGGGUCUAAUUACUAACCACAGUUUGUAAUUGUAGAGUCAUGGAGUCAUACAGCGCUGAAGCAGGUUAGAACAUAAAACAUUUAAAUGCACAGCACAGAAGCACAUCUUCCACUUUGUCCAUCGAGUACCAAUCUACAUUUACCCCAUUUACUAGCAUAUUCUCAAAGUGCCAUUUACUAGCACAUUAUCCAAGACCUCCUAUGCCUUGGCAAUUCAAGUGAUCAUCUAGAUAGUUUUUAGAUGUUAUGAGAGUACCUACCUCCUCCACACACUCCAGCAGUGAAUGUCACAGUCCACCCAACUUCUGGAAGAAGUUCUAUCUCGCAUCCCUUCCAAACCUCUUACCCUUACUCUAAAUCAUUGCCUUUAGAUUGCUUUGCUAUGGGAAUGCAUUUCUUACUAUCUACAUUAUCGCAUUGUGAAUUGUUCCCAAUCAGGAACCCCUCAGCCUCUCUGCUCCAAGGAAAACAAUCCCAUUCUGUCCAGUCUUUCCCCAUAACUGAGAUGUCCCAUCCCUGACAAUAUCCUGCUGAAUUUUCGCUGCAUCCUUUCCUAUAAAACUCCCAGGAACUGUUCACAGUACAUCAGCUGUGCCCAAACCAAUCUUUCAUAAGUUGACCAUAACCUCCCCGCUCUUACAGUCAGCACUCUGGCUAAGGGUGGCAAGUAUCCCAUGUAUACGUGUACAGAUAAAAGGGACACAAGGAGCAAGCUUUUCACACAGGGUAUAGUGAAUAUGUGGGAUGAACUGCUAGGGGAAGCUGCAGAGGUGGGUACAAUUACAAUGUCUAAAAGAUGUUUGGAUAGGUACAUGGAUGGACAAGGUUUAGAGGGAUAUGGACCAAGCCCAGGUGAAUGGGACUAGCUUGGAUAGAUCUUCUCUGGCAUGGACGAUUUGGGCUGAAGGGCCCGUUUCUGUGUUUUGUGAAUCUCUGAUUUUACUGGUCAAGUCACAAUACAAAGAAAUAAUCAUUGAUAUCCUCUGAAUAUGAAGGAGGUAUUUAUUUGCUACCAAUAAAUCUAAGCAAUUAUUAAUAAUAAAUUAUUUUCAAAGUAUAGUAUGGGGUAACCCUCAUAUUUCCCUCCGUCUCAAUCUUGUUAAUCAAUGAGAUUAUCUGGAUCUCUAUUGUCAAAACAAUGUGUGCACUUUCUCUUUUUAUAUCAUUCAAAUGCUUCCGUGGAAGAGCUCAGUACAACCAAUAAUUAAUUGAAAUAUCAUCCACCUUUCGUAUGAUGUAGUGGAUUAGUAGACAGACUGGGGCCUGCAUUGUUUCCAAUGGCUCAGUUUAUGAGGGAAAGUUCCUCACACCUUUUGUCUCUUAAUUGACAACUGCUGCAAAUUAAGAAUUUCAAUAAAACACCCUUGACUCUUGACUCUAGAUCUCACCUCGCCCGAUCAAAGACAAUACUAAACGACACCAGUAAAUCCCGUAGGUUUUCUUUCUCUAGUGGAUGUAUGGCUGAUAAAUACAAUAAAAGAGAAAAGCUGCCCUAUAGCAUAGAUUGGUUAUUUACUGUGUGUUAAGGGCCUGCCCCACUUGGGCGUCUUUUGCGCGUCACGCAGAUGGCGCGAAGAUUUUGUACAUCCCAAAAUCCUGGGGCGCCUCGCGAGACAGCGUGUCACUGCCUAGGUCACCACGCAAUAUGCAGGCGUAAUGCGCACCAUGCGCGCGUCGUGCCUCGUGAUGCCUAAAUGAUGUUGCGUAAAUGACGCACAAAUGACGCUCAAGUGGGACAGGCCCUUAAGUUGUAUACUGUACACGUAUUUGGAGACUGUGGAAGUGAUGUUUUUAUAUGGGCGACAAAAUAAAGAAUGUUUAAGAAUGAUGAAA